UCCAGAAUUAGGUUUACCUUGCUUAGUAUGAGUCUGGGAACCAAACCCUUUAAAUGUAUUGCUCCUCUCAAUAAAACAGACUUUUAACAUUUAAAAUGGGGAGACUUGCCUUUAUUUGGUUGACUUAUUGUCAACUGUGUCUAUAAAAAGUGAUUUGUACAAUACUGCAGCUGGAGAAUAUGACCAUAAUCUCAAGGGCCACACCCUGCUCUUAUCUUCAGGCAUACCUGAGAGGCAGUAAGAGCACACAUUAAAACAUUUUAUUGGCUGGACUCAUACGAGCAGAUGUCCUUUUGCGGAACAAAAGGUCUGAUAAGGUAUCAGUCAGAAGGAGUGGCAAAUAGGACGUCCCUCACUGGAUUCCUAUACAGAUCAAUCUCUGUGGCAAGACUCACAGCAAGACACGAAGGACGAAGAGAGACACUGAGCAAAGUCACAAAGAAAAGACAGACGGCUUAAAAGAGGAAAGCGGAAAUAUUCCAAUUAAGAUCUUUACUUCAGGUAAAGGAAUUGAAUCAGACAUCAGCCAAUAUUAAGAAGGACAACAUUUUUCAAGGACAUUUAAUUCAUCAUGGCUACACUCAACACUCGUUCUGUGACCACGCCUGUUGGCAUUAUACGGAUGUUGGAGGUUGUGCUGUCAUGUGUCAUCUUCAGUCUGGUGGCCUCUGUGGGGCACAAGACCUCAUCAUACUGGACAUGGUGCAUGUUUACUUGGUGCUUCUGCUGCUUCAUGACUCUUUUAAUCCUUAUCCUGGAGUUCACUAGUCUCCAUGUAAAGGUGCCGAUCUCCUGGGAUGACUUCACUACUGCAUUUGCUAUGCUGGCUACACUAAUGAUAUUGGCUGCCUCAGUCAUCUACCCCACCUUCUUUGUUUAUUCAUCUGGUUCUCGCCAAAUUGCUGCUACUGUCAUUUCCUGCCUGUGUUUUAUUGCAUAUGCAGUGGAGGUAGGCCUGACCCGGACAAGACCUGGUGAGAUCAGUGGUUUCCUGUCUACAGUUCCAGGCCUGAUGAAGGUUCUUGAAGCUUUUGUUGCCUGCAUCAUCUUCAUCUCUCUCGACCCAGUCAAACACAUUGCUUUGCAGUGGUGUGUGGCAGUUUAUUCACUCUGUUUCAUUUUUGCUAUACUCAUUAUCAUCCUCACAAUCUGCAGGCUGCUGGAUUUGUGCCCCUUUCCAUUUGACAAAGUCCUUACUGGUUACAAUGUACUUGCUGUUAUGAUGUACUUGACAGCAGUAGUUAUAUGGCCUCUUUACAGUUUCCAAAAUAAUCCAAAACCGGCAAACUGCAGUGCCUGUCCCUGGGACAAACUAGUGGUAGUGUCCUUUAUGUCCUGUGUCAACCUCAUUGUCUAUAUUGUGGACACAUGCUACUCAAUCCGCCUAGUAUUCAUCGCACCUGCUUAAGAGAAGACGAAUGUUAUGGUAACUUUGCAAGCAUAAUAAAUAAGAGUGCAGUGAAAUAAUUACAGGAUAUAAAGAUUCUGAUUAGAGUAGCCAGCUGUUUGUGUGAUUGUUUAUUUAUGUAAGAUUAAGGAAUUAAGGAAAUAGCUUACAAAUUCCUAUAAUAACCUGGCAAUCCAAAUAGUAGGCACUUGUAGUCCAAAUUAGCCCAAAUUUCUCCUUUUGGGUAAACUAUAUCCAUCCAUCCAUAUAUCAAUCUAUCAAUCUAUCUAUCUAGUCCAGUAAAACUAAUAAAAGCUACACUGGAUCUCCUUCUUUCUUUUAUUUUUAAAUUAUAAUGUUUUUCUCACAGGAGCUAGUUUGGACUGUUUUUUUAAAUUAUGAUUUUACAUUCUGGUGUGUUGUCUAUCAUUUGAUAAAUCACAAAGAUAUAAUUAUAAAUAAAUUACAUUU